AUGGAAAAAAUUGAAAAUUUUCAAGAUGCUAAAACAAAGCUGUUUAAUCAAUUCAAUCAUGCGUCCGCCUUGUACCGUCAACUAGUAUACGAUUUGGCGUGCGAAUGUCAACCAAUUGGUACUAAUUACACCAUGGUUAGGAAAAGAAACAGUUUGAUGCAAACUGCCAAGAAAGCUAUUUUAUUUGUGAAAACUUACAUUGAAAAUUCAAACAAUACUCGUUUGGAAGAGCGUUUGACGUUAGAGAAAAUGACCAACGACCUGGCAUGCUGCAUGGAAUAUCUCGAACAACAACUCGUCCUUGAAUUCAAGAUAUACAACGUCAGAUUCAAGUAUAAGUUUAAGACUAGUCACUUGUUGUUUGAGCUCAAUCAACAUUCACAUGGCGUGAUGAUUUUGUCAGUCCAAAUUCAUUUAGCUGAACAUCGUCAGCAUAAAGACGACAUUGAAGACCUACUUUUUCAAAAACUUCUGCGACAAAUCGACAAAAUCUAUCGCUUGACCAUGAGUAUGAGCAACUUUAAACUAAAAGAUUUCAAACCAGAAAAUCUGAAACGAGAAAUUCAAAAUGACUUAUCAAACAUCUCAUUAGAACGGGCGUAUCUGGACCAAAUUUAUCAAGAAAGGAAUCAGGAAUCAGCAACUCUGUUCCUACAAAUAUUAAAUUUGUGA